AAGAGAGAGAGAGAGAGGUCCACAUUGUCUUCCUCGUCACAAAACUCACUUUGUGCACAGAGACAGAGAGAGAGAGAGAUCAAAGAAAGAAAGAAAACCCUAAUUUUAAGGCACAAAAACGAUGUCGAGCUUACAGAAGAAGCCGAGCUUCUCAGAAACAUGUAGUCGUUUGAGUCGUUACCUCAAGGAGAAAGGUAGCUUCGGAGAUCUGAGCUUGGGGAUGACAUGCAACCCCGACAUCAAUGGAGUUUUUGCUGUGUCACGUCAGCCAACGAUGAUGAAUCUCUUCCCUUGUGAAGAAGGUUCGUCUCCUCCUCAAGACGUUAAACCAAAGCAUAUGGUUCCUCCUCGCCAGUCAAGCUUUUCUUCCUCCUCUUCCUCUCAAGUUAAGGAGGAAGUGGAGAAGACCGUAGAGUCUCAAUCGUCUCCGUUGACCAUAUUCUACGGUGGUCAAGUUAUGGUGUUUGAUGAUUUCCCUGCUGAGAAAGCCAAACAAGUCAUUGACUUGGCUAACAAAGGAAGUGCUUAUACUCAAAACCUAGCCAAGAACCAAAAGGAGAUUGCAGCAGCACCAGAGCCAAUCCAGACCAACACGUCUUCUUUAGCUUGCGAACUGCCAAUUGCUAGGAGAGCUUCGCUUCAUCGGUUCCUGGAGAAGAGAAAGGAUAGGAUUACAUCAAAGGCACCGUACCAGGUAGACGGUUCAACCGAAGCAUCUUCCAAGCCUAACACAUCUUGGCUCGGUUCUCAGUAAUCUUGACCAUCUCUAAAGACUCUAUCGAUGCUCUGUCGUUUACAAAUUAUCAAGCUCCUCCCUUGUUGAUUGUUUAUAUAAAAAAAAAUAUUUUUCACGUUUGUUCAAAUGCACCAUCAGCAAUAUCUUUUGUAUGAAUGUGGUCUUAUAGUGGGUUCAAACCUAUCUGCCGGUGUCAACAUUUGCUUGCAACUUUUGUAAGAAACAUCAGUUCUGUUGUU